UCGAGAAGCUUCACUUCUAUGCAUAAAAGAAGUGUACUUUUUGGGGAUUCAGACAAGUAGAAGCAAACAAGUAUGAGAAGCUCUCUCCCUCUCUCUCAAAGUGAGCAUGGCGAAGUUAUUUGGAGGAAAAGACCCUUUUAAUGAUCCAUUUUUCACUGAGCCAUUUGGUGGUUUGUUUGGCUGGAACGACCCAUAUGAUGGACAACAAGGCUCUCGGAAGCAAAUCACCAUUGAAGAGCUAAAUCCUGAAGGUGAUGGUGAUCACACUCAGGAAAGUUCUGAACCAAGAAAAGACUUGGUUGUUAAAAACAAGAAACCAAGUAAAAAAUCCAACGGGAGCCACAGUUUCAGCUACCGCAGAGUUGCUUAUGGUGGUUUAAAUGGCAUGUACUACACUUGCUCGGAAGGCAGAAUGUCUGGCCCUGAUGGGGUGGUUCUAGCAGAGAUGAAAGAAGAAGAUAAGACGAUUGGUGAGUCCCUGCAUACCAUUUCCAAAGGGAUCCACAACAAGGGCCAUUCUGUCAUAAAAAAGCAUGGUUCCGAUGGACGAGAGGACACACUGCAGACUUUGCACAACCUUAAUGAAGAUGAGCUUGGCGACUUCGAACAAAAUUGGAAAGCUAAUGCUGAUAAGCAUUUGCCUGGAUGGGAUAAAGGUUUCAGCUUGCUGGAGAAUCAAGGAUCCAUUAGCAGCUUGUGGGAUGAGUUUGCAAAUUGGAGGGGUUUGGGUGGUUGGUCACUUCCAGCUCUGGAGUACUAUGGAAAUGCAGGACCGGUGGAACAAACCGGUGUAUCAGGGGAAGAUUCUUCUAGGAGAGCCAGAAGAAGAGUCCCAGUGGAAUAGAUGAGGCGAGGCUUCUCCGAAGGAAGAAAUUGAUGGUACCUCAUAUAAUAUCCUAUCAGUGUAAUUACAUGUUUUAAUUUUUCCUGUUGUUGCAGCUUAGUAGUAUCUCUUGUCAUCUCGUGUUGAGCAUGUACCUGUGUGCUUUGGGUUAAAGACUAAAUUUUGUUAGAACUCAACAGACUCUUUCCAGUGAGCAUCUGUCUGUAUGAGAUUGUGUAUCAAAGUCAAGCUUCUAUUGACGUUUGAGUUUGAUUUUGGGUUUGGUUUUUAGUAAACAAUUA